AUGGCUCGAUUGAUUGGAAGCGAUAGACACAUAUCUGAUGCGGCUAAUAAUGCGCUCCUAGGAGACUCGCUAGGGGACGGCGAGUCAUAUUUUUUCGGCAUAAAAUUUACAUGGCUGAAAGCCAAAAUUGGACAAUCAUCAGCGACUGCCACUAAAGGUGAGUUGAUGUGCGCUGCUCGAGCGUACAUCAUGCAUAUGGUAGGGGCAAUACUCAUGCCUGAUGCAAACGACGACAAUGUGCAUUUGAUGUACUUGCCUCUGUUAGCUGAUUUGUCCACUGCUAGGUCGUAUAGCUGGGGUUCCGCCAUUCUAGCAAUGUUGUACCGGGAGCUUUGUCGGGCGACAAACUCGGAUGUUGUAGACAUGGGCGGAUGCCUCAUAUUGCUGCAGUCCUGGGCACUUUAUCGGCUGCCAUUUUUGGCAUCCGUUAGUCACCAAUCGUGGAGUGUUCGUCCAAGCAUCGGGAAGUCGUAUGAUGUCCCGAUAUACCGCCUCAUGAUUGAACAGCAUACCCGGGAAGGGUCGAGUGAUAUCAUGGAGAUCGGGUGCUACGAUAGUUUGGUUGCAUCCAACCUAUCCCGGAUCCGCCGUGCCAGGUGGAGGUAG